CUCGCCAGCCGCUAACCACUCCUCCGUCGCACUUCACAGCAAAAGCAGGUUCGUCUGGCUCGGCAAAAGAAGCAACUAUGGCUAAUAUGAGUGCGUCGUUUGUCCUUGCGUUGGGAUUGGUGCUGGGUGCCUCUGCACAGUACGAAAGCCACGCCAGAAUUCCGGAACCGAGGAUUAAUCGUGCCGUGACGGAGACCGCGACGAGGACGAACACGGUAACGCACACAUUCCGCGUGACGACGACGAGCGACAUCUGGGUGACGGAGAGCACCUUCGUGGAGCUCCCCGUGACGGUGUACACGACGGAGCGCGACUACGUGCCCGAGGUGCCCAGGACGGUGACCUCGGUGCUCAGGGUCACCACCACACCGGUCUUCGUAAAAACCGCCGAGGAUUUCGUGAAUCCCUCCCGAACCUUCGUUUCCGUCUACACAAGCUUUGUUACCACCACCGAGACCGUUAAAUUCUGGCAGAGCAUCUAUCACGUCUCUACUGAUUACCAGAUAACGACAUUGCCAGUCUGGACUACACAAGAACUUGUCCAGCACAUAGUCACCACCACAACUCGUUACGUUACCAGCGUCGUUACUGCUACGCAAGCAAUCUACGGAUAGUAAUCCAUAACGCGUACUUUGCAAUAAACGUUGCUUCUAAAUUGUUUAAAGUA